AUGAAAUUCCUCUAUGCUUCGCGUUUCGACUUUCUCCGGACGUCGCGGACCAUCAAGGCUACGAAGAUGAGCACUGAGGAUGAGGAAAGAGCUGUCCGAAUGGGCAAAUUUGAACGCUGCCCAACACACUACGGACGACGCCUCCACGACGGCGUACACGGGGUGAAUGUCUUCACUGUUCCGGAGAUGAAAGGCCGAAGACGUUUGAUCACCGAACCUCACCUUAACUCCGUCAUUCGGAAGGAGGAACUCCCGCAGCUACGAAGUCCGGGACGCCUCGAGCGGCGACAAGGCCUGCGUUACGCGAAGUAUAUGCUUCAAAUCGAUUUCGAGGCGUUCUACGACGCAAUCCCCCUUCCCGAGGAGACGAGGGAUAAAUUCGUGUUCCACACAUCGCCAGAGUAUUAUUUGCGCCUCAAAACUUUACCGACCGGUGCUCGCUGGAGCGUCGCGGUCGGGCAGUGA